AUGGUUUCUGAGACGAAGCUAUACGAUGCGUUGAGCGUCAAGCCUGAUGCUACGCAAGAUGAAAUUAAGAAGGCCUACCGCAAGGCUGCACUGAAGCACCACCCCGACAAGAACAAAGACAACCCCGAUGCUGCCGAGAGAUUCAAAGAUGUCUCACAAGCAUACGAAGUCCUAUCCGAUCCUGAAAAGCGCAAGGUCUACGACCAGUAUGGCCUUGACUACCUGAUGCGCGGCGGACCCCCUCCACCGCCGCCAGGAGGAGGUGGAGGAGGCGCCUCUGGCUUCGAAGGAGGCAUGCCUGGAGGAUUCAAUUUCGGUGGCAUGCCCGGCGGAGGUGGAAGUCGCACAUUCCACUUCUCAACCGGUCCCGGUGGAGGUGGCAGCGGAUUCCGAUUCAGUGAUGCCGACGACAUCUUCCGCAACUUCGCCAAGAGCAGCGGUGGUGGAGGUGGCGGAAUGGGCUUUGAAGACGAUGACAUUUUCUCGAUGCUUAAUGGAGGUCUUGGUGGCGGCGGCGGUGGCGCUGGAUUUGGCAGAAGCCGUCCGGGCGCUGGAUACUCGAAGCCAAAGCGUGCACCUACACCUGAGCCUACUAUCAUUGAGAAGGAUUUGCCGCUUACCCUGGAGGAGAUCUUCAAGGGCGUCUCCAAAAAGGUCAAGACGAAGAGCAAAGCCUUUGAUAGAAUGGGCAAGCGCACCACCCAGGAAGUCACUCUGGAGGCCAACAUCAAGCCUGGACUGCGUGCUGGUUCUAAGAUCAAGUACCGCAACAUUGGAGACCAAGAAGAAGGCGGCCGACAGGAUGUGCAUUUGAUUGUGAAGGAGCUUGACCACCCAACCUUCAAGCGCUCCGGCGAUAACCUCGUCACCACCGUCGAGCUCAGCCUCAAGGAAGCACUGACUGGCUGGGAGCGUAUCGUCAAGACCAUCGACGGCAAGUCCAUCCGCGUCAGCAAGCCCGGUCCCACCCAGCCUGGCCACGAGGAGCACUAUCCUGGCCUCGGCAUGGUGAUCUCCAAGAACCCCAGCGAGCGCGGAGAUCUCGUCGUCCGCGUCAACGUCAAGUUCCCAACCAGCCUGACGUCAUCUCAAAAAGACCUUAUCAGAGACGUAUUGCCGUGA